AUGAGCCGGAGCUCGGCCGCUCGUGAGCUGGUUGAAAUCCGUCAGCGGCUUGCCGGGCUCCAGGACGAGGUAGCAAGCCUUGCCGACCGAGUGACUGCUUUAGAGCUGGCCUCUGAGUUUGAGCUCGUGCUGCCCGCCGAGGAAGCUGCCGAAAGCCCCCGUAGUACCAGUGCUGCAUCAUCCCACGCCCCUGUGAGCACGGAGCGGCGAUUGGCCGCAGCAAGGUCCAUUGGGUUGUUCUGGGUUCGCUGCCUGAAGGGCAGAGCCAGGGGCCCAUCGGGUCGCGACUCGAUCCCCCUGCCCAGUGUGAUCUACGUGUGUGUGCGAGACAUCAACGGCCAUAAGCGUUCGCCCGUUAAAGUGUUCCAGAGCUUUGCCCAGCUGGUCCCGUGGGUCGGCAAGCGCGGAGAGUUCGGGGAUUCGGUGUUCACCGGUUUCCCCUCCGAGUGGGAGGCCCGUGCUGCCGUCACUGCUGCCGGCCUUGAGACCAUUGCCCGGCGUGUAGUGCCCCUGCAAUUGUUCAGCCGACCGUCCGUGGCCACAGUUCGGGGCGCCUCGCCAGAGAAUCGUGACCAGCCGUUGCCCGACCUGUCACUGCGUGUUUGGGUCGCCGUCGACUUCUCGUUUGCAGAGCAAGAGGGAGCUGCCGAGGUCCUCCCAUUUGCUGGAGACCUAGUCAGGUUCGCCGAAGAGCUUUACCCUGACCUGUUCCUCAGCGCCGACAGUGCCGGUGCUGAGAAGCCGCAGGGUCCUCCGCCAUCAGGACCCGCUGCCGCCGUGUCUGGGUUGCCGCUGCCCGGAUUAGAUUCUGCAGUCGUCAACGCAGCCAUUGCUGCUGGCAUCAGCCGCGAGCAUCUGGCAGAGAUGAGCGCACUCAUCCAAAAGCGACCUGGGAAGCUGGGCGACAUCCCAGCCCCAGCGGCAAAGAGGCCGCCUCCGGGCCUAGCCGCCCAUGCCGACCCUCUGUCAGCAAGUGCCAGCGAGGAGGAGGAGCCGGAGCCCGCCAAGGGCGUGGACCCGGUUGCAAAGGCUCUGAGCAAGUUGACCGAGAUUGCGGACGCUCUUGCAUCGAACAGAAAGCAGGAGAGAGGCUUGCAAGCCAUCCUCGAGGGCGCCGGGAGCAACAGCAGCCACGGGGAGGGCGCCUCUGGAUCUGCCGGGCGGCGGAAUGCCGUGGCCUUGCAGCAACUCAGGGCUGCCCUGUCAUCUCAGCCUGCCUACAUCUACGAGCGCAUCGAGGCAAACCUCCGGGCCGAUUUCAAUCUGGCCCGUCAGUUGCCGGGCUCGAGUGCAGUGCCUGUGUCCGCCAGGGCGUGGCUGGAGCUCCGCUCCAAAGUGCAGCCCUAUCAGACCAACAUACGCUUCAUUUGGGGAAUAGCGGGGGUUUGGGAUUGUCUCAUGAACGAGGAGUAUGCCCAAGCCCGAGCCAGGUGUGCGUUGUUGGUUGCUCAGGGGGACCAGCUAGCUGUGGAUCGAGGCUCGUGGGUUCUCGCAGGCGAGCUCUUGCUCGAGGAGAGUCCUCCUUUCUCGGCGUUCAAUCAUCACCGUCUCCCGGAGGGGUCCGAGACACCGUUCACAAAGCUCGCAGAGCCUGUGUGGCUGGACCUGUUGUUGUGGAAGCUGAAGGAGAUCGAGGACUUCCUCGACAAGAGGAAGAAACUCUCCCAGCGUGCCAAGCCUCAUGGAGAGCAGCCCAACCCCGAACAGAUCAAGCCUCGGGGAGACACACGCCCUCCCAAGCCAAAGGGGAAGGGCAAGGGCCCAGGGAGCCAGCCAUUGGCCCCCGAGCCAGCCGCCGCAGUGCGGGACCCCAGGAGCUCUGUGGCCCAUGCCGCUGCCUUACUUGUUGGGCCGAAGUUCACACUUGACAUGGGGCGAUCGGCCUCAAAGUUUGAAACCGUUGAAUUCAGCGUGGAAGCCUUGCACCGAGCAGCAUGCGGCACACGACUCGCCGGCACAUACGCUCGCCAUGGAGGAGAUGCCCCGGCAUGCAUUGCGGCGCCCUGCGUGGACAAGGCUGCUCUCCCCAGCCCGCGCUUGGGAGCGGUCAAAAGGAACGCUCGACGCCAGGAGUUCAGCCUCAGCACAAAGCGGCGCUGCGCCGGCCCGAGCCCUGUAAAGCUUGGCAAUCAGCUGGCAGUGUGGGUCGCCGCAUUCAUGACACAAGCCUUGCACCUGGGUAUUGUUUUCUCCUGGCUCAGCUUCAUGUGGGAUUUGCACGAGUUUCAGCAGCUGGCUUGUUCCGCCAGCGUUGGUUGGUUCACGGUGGAUCAGUGUAGGCAGGACCUGCUGUUGCCCACGGACUUGCUCUCUUUCGACAAGCCGAUCCUUUUCUUCAGGAUUGAAAAGGCGGGUUACGUGGUGGUGGAGCUGUGCAUGCCUACCACUCGGGCAUGCCUCUCGUUGACCUGCUGUGGACGGAAGCGCGCCACCUUUCCAAGCUGCUGCGGCUUCAGGGCGGCGGAAGCGGUGCGCAGCACGAGCCAUUUGGAGAACUGCGCGCUGAGAGCGCAGAGUCUGCGGGUGUCCUACUCCGAGCCAGGCACCAAUCACAACGGCGAGUUCGACUUCAUCCACAUUGCAUCCUGGAACGGGCUAAAGCUUGCCUCCAAGUUCUACGGCGAGCUUGGUGAGUGCCAGGUUGACUACUCCGUGAUGUGCAAGGGCACAUCCGUGUACCUGAAUGUGGAGGAUUCCUGCAAGGAGCGGAGCGACACCAGGUCCUUCACCAUGGGGAUGAGCAGGCAGACAGAGCUGCAUAAAGCUGGCGAGAGCCUCCUUCCCUCCUUGUCGCAUCCUCUGCGCCGCGCACGAGACAUGAACCUAAAGGUCUACCUGCCGCGGCGGACGGUGAGGUUGUUCACGGAGGGCUCAAAGGUGGUCUUCCAGCUGAUUUCCACCCCCACGCUCCAGGAGCAGCUGGAGGACCCCACUAAGAUGAUCUUCUUCGCCCGCGUGCCAAAGCUCGCGAGCUGCUUGCCGCAGCGCCGCGACAGACUCUUCCAGUCGAACCUGCACAACGGCAGUUACAGCGCGCAGCAGUGCGCGGCCUGCCACAAUUUGUUGGAGAGCAAGAUGAAGGACCUCGACGAGUGCUCCGUGGCCGAGACGAAGGAGGCGCGGCUGCGCUGCAAGUGGCUGUCUUAUGAGCUGCGCCAGGAGCAACCGGGCAGCUCUGGCGCGGACAUCAGCGAUCUCAUCCUGCGGAGCUUGCACUCGGAGUCGGAGGAGGCGCUGCCGUUGCCCCUGGCUUGGCAGCUCGGGUGCCAGGAUUUGGGGUGCUGCCCGCUGGACCCGGAGCAAGCCAAGAUGCUGGCCAGCGAGGCCCAGCAGUCCUUGGCCAUGGAGAAACAAGUGGCCAGCCGCAGGUCGGAGUCUCAGGCAGAUGUGGCGAGCACUCGGCAGCAGGGCCUCGCGGAGAAGGUGCUGAGCGAUCCCUCCUCGAGGAGGAAGAUGGAGACCAUGCUGAGAAUGCACGUAUCACAGUACAAGCACGCGAAGCCGACCGCCAGCAUUUAUCUACGGCCACCUUUCACAGCGCCCUUCAAUCCCAGAGAGAUGGAGCGGGUGCCGACCUCGGACGACAACUGCAGCUACAGCUUCCGGAAGGGCCGCUGCGAGCCCCGGGGCGCAUGCGCCUACAAAUUUCGCCUCGGGGAUCUCACGCUGGACCAGAGCUGCCGGCUCCGGGUCAAGACCCUGAAGCCCACCAGUGACGGGGAGUGCUUGUGGGACUUCAAAGAGGCGCGGUGUCGGCACCCCAUGUACUGCUCCCGGCAGUGCAAGCUUUUGAAGGACCUCACCCUGGACCAGUGCUGCAAAUUGAGGCCUGUAGACGACAUGACGACUAAACGGCGGGAGUCGCCCUCAGGUACAGAAGAGGAGGACGACGACAUUGGCUUGGUGGCCGACGAGGAUGCGCUGGACAUCGAUACGAUCCUUGAUGACUUUGAUGGCAUCGAUUGGGAGGGCGAGGAGGAUCCAGAGGGGACGCAGGCUCUCAGUGAUGACGAGGAGACCUCAGAAAGCAACGCGGGUGAAGAGGACGUGGCGGAGGGCAACUGCCAGAGCAGCAGUGACAGGGCCGUGAUGCUGAGACCGGACACCAAGGCCAAGUUGGAAAAGAUCGGGCGCAAGAGCUACAGCGUCAUUUACGGGCUAGACCGUGAGGGGUCCCACAAGAAGCACAUGGAGUACGGUUACUCCGAGCUGUGCGCGAGCUGCAUGGUGGACGUCUCGGAUUGCGGGCUCAAGAACUGCUUCAAGCUGCUCGCCACCAGGGGCCCAGACCACACGAGCUCCAUUGACUGCAUGGAGGAGAACUGCAACCCCGCACUGCGGAGCUGCUCCGGGCUCACGGCGGCAGAGUUGCCGCCGGCGCGCUGA